GCCCGUGACCGGCCCGGCCCCCUCCCCUCCCGCCCCUGCCCCUCGCCGCCGAUCCGACGCUCCGCCGCCAAAAUCUCACCGGAGAUGGCCGCCUCCUCGCCGCCGGAGCAGGAUCCUCCGCGCGAGCCCCCGCCGCCCGAGGCGGAGGCCGGCGCGCCGCCGGCGAGGAGGACGCGCCCGCCGCGCGCGUGCAGCCGCCCCCUCGCGCCGCCCGCGCCCUACCCCACGCCCCCGCCGCGGCGGCCGGGCCCGGGCCGCCCGAGGAAGAUCGCGGAGGAGGAGCCCGAGGAGCCGGAGCCGGACGCGCCGCAAUGCCGCGUCGUGACGCCGCUCGUCGCGGAGCCCGCGGACCCCGGCGAGCUGCCGCGGUGGAGGCUGCGGGGCAUGUGGGAGCUCGCCUCCGUCCUCAACUUCCUCCAGGUGUUCCGGCCAUUGCUCAACAUCGCGGUGGAGUUCACGGCGGAGGAGCUGGAGGACGCCCUCAUAGUGCCCAAUGGCACGUUGGAAGGCUUGCAUGUGCCGCUAUUAAGGUCGAUUCCUCCUGUAGCUCGAAUGUCCAUGGCAGACGGAAAAUGGGUGACUGUGUUAUGUAGAAAAUUGAAGGACUGGUGGCAUCUGGUUGCAGAAGGCAAUCUACCAAUCGUUGCCUCACAUGGAGCGGAAAUUGAAACGUACAAGGAACUUGAGCCAGCGACUCGAUUAAUGAUCCUGAAAGCAAUAUGUGACAUACGUUGUGAGCAAGAGGAUGUUCGGAUCUUCGUAGAUAGUUGUCUAAAAAAGGGUUAUCAGCUCCGUGAUUUCUGCAAAGAACGAAUUGGGGGAGAUUCCCAUGGAAUCUCAUACUGGUAUGAUGAAGAUCCGAUUCUCGGGCAUCGAUUAUAUCGUGAAAUUAGACAAGUGGAGUAUGUGAAGGAGCAAACAAGAAAAUCUAAACGAAAGGGGUUCUUAGGUGUUCCAGUUGUAUCCUAUCAGUGGGAGACUGUCGCGACAAACUUUGUUGAAUUUGAAGCAGCAGCAGAAAAACUCUUUUCAAGUAGUAACAGGACAGAGGUCUCACUUGGAAAGAAGUUGAAGCUCAAUUAUCUCCCAGAGAUGGAAAAGACUCACAAGAAGAAGGAGAAGCUGCUAAAAAAGCAACAAAGAGAAGCCCUUCUCCUUAAUAGCUACUUGACAUUUGAUAGAUUCACCUCUGGCCGCUCCCAUCGUGAAAGAAAGCGUGUCACCUAUACUUUCGAUGAUUAUGACCGUUCAAUAAAUGAGGCCCUAAAAGCAAUAAAGAAAAGUGAGAACCCUGUUCAUGUGGUUGCCACUACCAACAGAGGAGUACUUGUCCCAACACGAGAGGCAUCAAGUAAUGGUACGUUAGCUGGACCCUCACCUGUAUGUAAUGGACAGCGUGGAGAAUCUCCACUGAAGUCAUAUAGCUACCAAGGGAGUGGUGGUGAGGAAAAGGCUGAGACCCUUGAUCGUAGGUCUCGUCAAAGAAAAAGAUCUCAAAGAUACACAACAGACUUUGUUGAGAAUGUCUCGGACAUCGACACGAACUUUGACAGUGAUGGCGAUAUCAUGGGUGAAGCUGUCUAUGACGAGGAGUAUCUUAGAAGUCGAAAACAACCCAAGGCAAGUACUUCAGAGUACGAUGGAGAGUUUCGAUCAGAAGACCAAGCGGAGUAUUCUUUGAGCAGUGAAGAUGAAGAGGGGAUUCAACGGUCCAAAAGGUUGCCAAGCCGCAGCCCUCAAGGGACCAGGCUGAAAUCCAUGGAUGUAAUCCAAACAGGCAUCAAGCGAAAUAAGCGUUCUGCCCGGCCCCAUAUGAACCAUCAGCGAUGCUCUGGUAAAGAUUCCGGAUUGGGAAAGCCAGGUGAAUUGAACACAUCUGAUCCAGAUGCCGGCUCUGGUGCACUAGACAGUGCAAAUACCUCAAUAAAAAGUCAAGAGCAGCGCCUGCUUCACAUAGUGAAGAUGCACGCUCCUGGCAGGGAAGAGAGCAAAGUUGGUGGGAGAAGAUUCCUCCAUCUUAAUGAGAUUGCACCUGCUGGUGGUUUUGACGGUGCGCCAGUGCGAUCUUGACAGCAGAAGACGACCACGGCGCACAAAUAACAGUCAAUAAACAUGUUCUACAGCACAUUCAGGUGCCCAGAGCUUUUUCUUCUGGUGGAAUUGCAGACAAAAUCAGGGAUGGAGGAGCGUCCAUGAGCUGGUGAUGCGUCCCUCAACCGCGCCAUCAAGCGGAGUACUGCUGGAAGACAGGAGCUGAUGAGGAGAUGGUCCCUGUGUGCAGCGGCUGGAUUUCUCGAACCUUUCUGUAUGAUACUCGGACGCCGCCGGUGGCGUCCAUUGAUGCGCCGGUCCGGUCCAUUUUUCUGUCUGGCAGCGUGUGUGGCUCCCCUCCACGAUGUAGUCAUGUACUCUUUUAUUUGGAGAUCAUGUACUCUAGUCUUAUAGGAGCGGCAUUGUGUAUGUCGCUUUUAGGUGAGGAGGCGGCCUACACUGCUUUGCUGUCAUGUGGUGCAUGCGGCAAUUCUUCUUUUGAACUGCUGGCGCCGCCUGGAAGCUGGAAACUUCUUUUUUUGAGGGAUGGAAGCUGGAAACUUGUUCGUAGUAACUGAAAAUUGCUUCGGUA